CCAAAUCCACUUAUGCCAGAAGAGAGCUUAGGGAGGGUGCCUUUUAUUUCAUCCUUUUGCGUUCUUCGGUUUGCGUGCAUGUUUCAUCCCGAAUCGAACUAUAUCUACGAGUUUCGUGCCUCUCCCCUGUAGCCUCUUUUAGAUCUGUGUCGACUGUUCGCCGUGACCGCUUCGAAAAGUGAAAAUGACAGCUGAUGAGGAAGAGGACAUCCCAGGCUCUGGGGCAGUAUGCACCUUUGGGAAGACCCGGUUCGCUGGCAACAUGCCCGGAAUGUUUUGGGUGAAAAACGAUCCCGUCAUUCACGUGGCCUGCGGGGACGAGCACUCCGUCUUCAUAACGGCGGGAGGCCGUGUAUUCAGCUUUGGCAGCAACGAGUAUGGCCAGCUUGGGCAUGGCCACAAAAACACAGUUGUGCGGCCCAAGUGCGUGAAAGCAUUGAAAGACCAACGGGCGGUUCUUCUAGCAUGUGGACGGGCUCACACACUGGUUGCUACAGAUGAUCACAAAGUUUAUGGCUUUGGUGUCAACACUGAACACCAGUUGGGCCUCAACUCUCAAGAGUUUCAACAUGCGGAGCCUGCACUAAUAACCGCACUCAGCGGGCUUCAGAUCAAGCAGCUGGCUGCUGGGGCCGAGCACUCCGUGGCACUUACAGACAAGGGAACGGCUUACGUCUGGGGUGGUGGCAAAGAGGGCCAGCUAGGCCUUGGGACCAAGACCACAGUCCCCUCGCCUCUGGAGCUCAAAGUGGACAUCAGGAUAAUGUGCAUUUCUACCGGCUAUUACCACACAGCCAUUGUUUCAGUUGAUGGCAUUUUGUACACGUUCGGAGAGAGAGACGGAGGAAAGCUUGGAUUACCAAAAACCCUAUGCUGCAAGCGCUACAACAAACCGACAGAGGUCUCUACAAUCCCAGGAAAAAUAGUCUCCGUCUCUUGUGGCGGGACUCACACAAUGGCGCUCACAGCUGAGGGCAAAGUGUACGCCUUUGGUGAUGGUCGGAAUGGCCAGCUCGGGCUGGGGAACAAGACACUGCAAAGCAACAAGCCACAGCUGAUCCCCUUUGUCGAAGGCAUCAAGAUUGCAAAGGUGGUCUGCGGAGAGAGCCACACCGCUUUUCUCUCAGACAAGAGGCAGCUUCUGACAUGUGGAGACGCUCGCCACGGGAAGUUAGCACUGGUAACCAAUGAUGUCUCCGCGAACCAGUUUACUCCCGCCUUGGUCGAGGAGCUGCUUUCAUACCAAGUCCAGCAGGUUGCUUGUGGCGGCUGUCAUACACUGGUCCUUGUCAUUCCUGGUUCUGGCCAGGAAGUCAACGCAAACAAUGAGGUUGGUGCUACAGGCGAUGUCAAUGGGGCUCGUGCAAAGAGACGUCAUCGAAAGGCGGCACUAAUUGAAAACGACCAAGACGAACCAGAUGCUUGUGAAGAAGAUUUGCACGUUACGGCAAGAGUACUCAACGAGACGAGUCGACAGCCACGAAAGCCCCCGUUACUCGUAGAAGCUGAAAGGGACACCAGUAUCCGCCACGUGGACAGUGACGUCAGUGAUGAUGACACAUCAGAAAUGUCUGUGCUGAACAAGACACAGGUAAUCAACCACAUUGGAUCUAAAGAGAUACUGUCAGCCCUUGAUCAAGAUGAGAAGCCACCAGGGCUAAAGAAAGAGUCUGCAAAAUCACCUCAAGGAACAAUCCAGAAUGGAGAUAAAGCCAAACCGAAUGGGCCCAAGGAGGAACCGCCUGUGGUGCCUAUUGCAGAAACGCCAAAGAAAACAGCUGCACUAGCCAGCCAUCCUAAGACUGACAGUGAGGGCGAGGAAAGGCGUGACAAAGUUCGGUGGCUACCAGCACACAAGGACUCACCGAAACAUCGCAAGGAACUGGAGCGCAUGGCCGAGAAGGCUAUUGAGAAAGCCAAUGACGACUGCUCAGACAAAGGUACACCCACAAAGCGUGCUGGAAAGAAAAAGAAAGACGCAGAGGCAGACAAGGAGGCCUCUAAAGAUGGAAAAGAAGAUGGCGAAAAGAAAGAUUCGAAGUCGUCGACCUGCGUUGUCAUGUGACCUUCUGCAUGAGACGGCCACUAGCAGGCAAUGCCCGUCUGCUCUUGUUUCUCAACAUUUUGACAAGGCGGCUUCAUGCAGCACGCUUGUUGCUUUUUUUUUUUCUUUUUUUGCCCACAACGACGUUCGCUCCUUAACCUUCUUCCAAAGAAAGCAAGCAAAAUGGUUGCUUCCGCUUCAUGCGCAGCAGCUGAGCGUGUGGGAAAGAUCAUAUGGUGUUUGUCGUCUGCAUCCGGUGAAUUCGCAUCUUCUGGCUUCUUGGUGAAGUGACUUCAGCGAGUAAUGUUUUCAUUGUCUGUUUGCUGUUUGCUUUUCUGUUUGAUAGACAAGCACAUUUUGUGUCUGUGUGUGUGUGAACAUUUGUUUUCUGACCCUCUGAGUCUGAUUGCAGUACAACUGUUGUGUUACUCUGGCUUUGGAGUUCUGUUGCACUGUCUUAGGCCGCCCUGAACAACAAUGUUUCCUAUGUGUUUCCAUGUCUCUUUUUAAUUUAAUGUAAAUGCGCAGCGUAUCCACAUAACAUGGUGCAAGCUUCUAUGUAGGAAAAAUUCAUUUUACAAGUGUGGAGGCACGACUCUGUAGUAGUUGGCCGAGCCAACUUUCACCUCCGGAACUUUAAAUAAUAUUUGCUAUGACGUGCAGAGUAGAAGUGUGAAGGCAAAACAGGGACAACAGUACAGGCAACAAUUGCUAGCUUCUAACUAAAGUGCUUGUCCGUGUCUGUCCUUUCGUUUGUCUUGUUUCCUUUUCACUUCAACUCUACUUGUGAUUAAAUAGCAACUGCCCACUCUCAAGCAUUGCUUAUUAUUUAAAGUAUGCUCAUUAAUAUCUUUAGUAUCGCUACUAAUCAUUACAGGUGCCUAUUUGCACAAAUGUAAUAGAACUAAGAAUAUAACAGGAUGGAGAUAAGAGACUUUGAUGACUUAGAAAAGAAAUGUACAUUAUAUCACAGAUGUAACCCACACAGAGUUGUGUGCCAUCAUGUCCAACACGUAUAAUAUAGCAUGACAGACGAUCAUGCCCAAUGAAAUCUUCAACUCAUUGUUUUACAGCACUCUGGCAGUGCUACAGAAGUUGUACGAGGCUGCAUUCAAUACAUAUUGAGAAAAUAAGCAGGCCCCAAUAAUGGCAACCUGACUUCAUUCACAUUCUCACUAUUGAGAAUUCCUUAUUCUUGCUUUAUUAUAUAAAGCUUUAGUUGCUGCCUUAUGUGAUCUUUGUAGCGUGGCCAGAGUAUUAUUAAACAAUCUGUGAAGAUGCUGAAAGGUUGCGUUGUCCAGUAGCUGUUUGCUGGGCUGCUAAGAUAUUGUGUUGGUCAGGUAGUCUGCAACAAAUGUGCAUACGUGUGGAAUGUUGCAGGCUCCAGGCACGCAGUGCUCUGUGCGUUCUUUGCUUGCGUGUCAUUACCAUAAGUGACUGGUUGUGGUCUUGGGCUGUGCUUAAAUUUGAUUCUCUUGUCUUGGGAGAGUGGGACAGACUACUAGAAAUAUUGGAACGUUUUAGAAGUAGUGACGUUGGCUGCUGGGCACUCUGCAGUUCUGCAACAAUAUAUUUUGGCUGUCACCAGAAUUCUUGAGCAACUAAACCACUCGGUAUUGGCUCAUUGACUAUUUGAGGAACAAAUGUGUGUCAGGCAUGUCAAAAUGCAAACUCGAGAUGUGCUUUCACCUCCGUACUAUGACUUUUCUCAUCUUUAUGCUUGUCUCAUGGCAUGACAGAUACAUUGUGCAUGAAUAUAUAUGUACAUUUCUUUUAUCAACUAUUUAAUGAGUUAAUGUGCUUUACUUCAGUGCUGCUACGACCUAGAACAAUGUUUAGAGAAAAUCAUUAUCGUUAUGGAUUUCAUACUUCCGCCAUAUGAUCACCCUCAUAGUAGUAAACUAUCGGUUUCAGCGUUGACUGUUGAUGCCAAUAAGCAGCAGGUAACAUCUUCAUAAAUUAUCUUGUUUUCUUUUCUUGCUGAUAUAUUUUAAUGCACUGAGCGCUCAGUUCAGGCGAAAAGCCCAAGUUAUGUUUGAUCAACCAAGAAUGGAGGUCUUGAGGGUUGUCUCAUGAGGCAGUCUCAUGAGGGUUGUUCAGGGCUGCUUGAGAUUAAAUGUGUGGUUGAUUUGUUUGACAUACACCUCGGGUAGCUUCAUACAGUACACUCACAUAGUGUUUACUGAGUGUAUUCUUGCUCUCACUGAAAAGCACGUGGACUAAAGAGAAGGAGUGGUGGAGAAUGUGGGAAGAAGUGCAAUCUGUAACUGCUUUUCAAGUGUCGUAUAUGUCUUGCACACUUUUUGAUGGCUCUUUUUACAUACUGUGUGGCAGUUUGACAAGAUUCGAACAUUUUUCUAUUUGGCACUAAUGCUCAGGUGUUGCAGUGUGGCCAGGAACAAAGCGAAUAUUGGAACUUAGCGCUGCUUGUCUUCUGUAUUACUGUAUGUGGCCUUGUACAUAUGUCACUUGCAUAUAUACAAUACAUGGAUCAAGUUCA